CUGAACAUAACAGUGCAUUUUCAGGACGCACGCUACCAGGUUGUAGUCAGUAACGGAUUUCAUUAUUUCUACGUCUCUUCGGAUAUGUCUGUAAAGCUCGUCUGAUAAUGUUGGGGAAAAAAGUACCUGGAUCAGGUGUGUUGAGCGCAGCUGCAGGAAUGGAUCGGGGCAGGAUAGGAGAGAGACUGCAGGCAGCACUGGCCGGACUACAAGAGCUCCAUUUCCUCCGGGACAAACAGAACACUAUGGUGCACUGGGCACUGACCCUAAACAGAGAGGGGCCCGACACAUCAAACCAUGAGAAUAUGAGCACAGAGGAGCGAAGACUUGAGGCAACACUCACUUUACUGAAACAACAGCUGACACGUUUGCGCAGGCAGGAUGUGGGAUUGAAGACUCACCUGCAGCAGCUGGAUCAGCAGAUCAGUGAACUGAAACUGGAUGCGUGUAAAGCAUCGACUGAACACCUAGAGAGUGACAGCAGACCUAGCUCAGGGUUCUACGACCUCAGUGAUGGUGGAUCAGGCUCACUGUCCAACUCUUGUACCUCAGUCUACAGUGAGAGUCUGUCCUCUUCAUCUCAAACCAGUCUCCUUCCUCAUCUCUCCUCUGCAUAUGCCACACAUGGCCAUGGUGGUUCCAGACAAGCCAUUGUAUCCCGCUGUUGUUCUGCUGAUGAGAGCACAGCCCAGUCCGAUGCCCUGCGAUCAAUAGGAGUGAGGCUUGGAAGCAGUUGUAUACGAACGACACCCGUUACUGCAGAAAGAGCGAGACAAAGACCUGUUUCCAUGGGUGACCUCGACCGAGUGAUCACAUCCGGUCUUGGCUCCUUCAAAUCCUCUGACGUGAAGACCUCCACCCUCUCUGGAAGCCACAGUAACCCCUCGGUAGACCCCAAAUAUCAGAGUAACCUGGUGUCUGGCAAUGGGACAGAGGUGUACUGUUAUCCCAGCCCACUGCACGCUGUGGCCUUACAAAGCCCCGUUUUCAGUCUCACAAGUGAUCAGGGAAGGCAGGCAGUGGCUGAGGGACAGAAUGGAAAGCUGGGAGGAGGACUUGAACAGAUAAACCAGAACCCUAACCAGGGGUCCACAAAUUCCAGGUCUGCAGUAUACAUCAACAAACUCCUGCAGCAAAGCUCCAUUAAGAUAAACCUGUUAAAUAAAAUAAGAAGAAAUGACCCCCAGGAGCAAAGACCCAGAUCCCUGGAAGUGACCUAUGGACAGCUGAAUGGUCCUCAGUUUCUUGGGUCCCUACAACAGAUAAAAAUGUCCUCAGAAAAUGAACUGGAGACAAGAAAGACAACUUCAGCACUAAACAUCAGUCAACAGUUUAUGAAGAAAUCUAGUGCAGAGACCAGUUCAUAUGGGGUCAAGGUCCCCACACACCCAGCACCUUGCAUGGAUCUCCAACAAAACUGCCUUCCAGUAAGAAACAAGGAAUCUGACAGUGGACUCUCAGAAAAGGGUAUUGAACUUUCUACCAAGGAAUCAUUUUUGGUCUCAAAGCCAGUAGAGAGGAGAUCAAGUUUUACCCACAGAAUUAAAGAAGGUAAAGCUUCUUUUGGUGAUAAGGGUGGUCCACCUCAGUGUGAGUUUGUCCAUGCAGAGUUUGUUCCUGCAGGGUCUCAGAGGGUGAAGGUGCGCCAUGCUGAUAAGAAAAUGAAAUCUGUGAAAUUGAGGAAGAAGAGCUCAGAGAAAUCCUCAGCAAAGAAACUUCAUCAAAAACACUUGUCUCGAGAGAGGGGGCUCUGCACUAAGAACCGAGUUGACUUGAAGCAGUCCAGCUCGUGCAGAGGAAAAGUGACAAGUCUGGAUGAGUCACAGAUACACUCUUGCUUAGAUUGCAGUAGUAACUUGCAUUGCUUCCCGAACAAGCCUCACCUUCAACAGAGCCAAACCGCCAAGUCCAUCAAGUGCUGCAAAGGUCAUUACCCUGAACCUGUGCACCCUAUGGACCAAGUUAGAAAGAAACAAAGCUCUCGGAAAUGGCCUUCUGCCUCAGAGAUUCAGUUGCCCCCAACUCUCCAAACCCAGAGAUCCAAGGUGAUGCCGCCCUCACGUAAGGCAGCCAUGGUAAGGAGCAUUAGUGCAAGGCCUCGCUCAGGUCAAUGGGGUUGUUCUCCACGACCACUCCCUCACUCACUCUCCACCUCCUCAUACUUCAGUUACUUGGAAUCUCGAUAUCCGGCAGCUCCUAUCUCCGGCUGCCACGCUCCUCGGUGUGAGUCAGAGUUUUCAGAGUAUUCUGCGGAGUGCGCCUCGAUCUUUCACUCUACUAUUGCAGCAAGCAGUGACGGUGAGAUGAGCGACUACACCACAAACUGUUUCGGAGACAGUGAGUCCAGCCAGGGCUCUCAGACAGCCUCAGAUUCAGACGGCAGCCUCUCGAUGGAUGAAGAGGACCUGUUAGAGGAAGAAGAGGACAAUGAAGGUGACUUGGUGUGGGCCCAGGCUGCCAUGGGACCCACGGCAGCAGGUUUGUCUCAGCAGCAACAUCAUCAGCCAGAGCCAGCAGCCUGCCGCAUCAAAGCAUCCAGAGCACUGAAAAAGAAGAUCCGCCGCUUUCAGCCAGCGUCACUCAAGAUUAUGACACUGGUGUAGCCUUAAUUGCGUUAUGGUGCUUGAGAAGGAAGCUUCAGUUGACUCUUGUCACAUAAACUUGUAACAUAGCUUCACCUAAAAGCUUGGCACUCAUAUGGGGCCAGUUUUACCAAACUUAUAAUGGGUCACAGUUCACUUGGCAACUGCACCUGUGAUCUAAAGAACUUGAACCGAGAGUAUUUUGAGACUUUUUUUUACAAGUCUUGAAAGGCAUAUGCUAGUAAUACUCGCAAUGGAUCAGUGGGCUUUAGUUAACUUUACCCAAAAUCAUGACUUUGACAUAAGCUUCAAACACCUACAUGGCAAAUUGAACUGCCCAACCAUCAAAGAACCUGAGAGAUUGAGAAAUUGGACUUAUCCACAACCAGUUGAGUCAAAUUGCUUCUAUUGAUAUGUGUAGAAACUACACUUUAAAUAAAAUCUUUUGUAUAUUUGUACCCAAUUGUCAAACACCUGUAUUAUACUCUACUUUCUUUUUUUUAUUCAAUA